GCUGUCAGGCUGUCUAGUCACAGAGGAAGGCUGUGCUUCUCUGGUCUCAGCUCUGAGGUCAAACCCCUCACACCUGAGAGAGCUGGACCUGAGCUACAAUCACCCAGGAGACUCAGGAGUCAGACUGCUCUCUGCUGGACUGGAGGAUCCACACUGCAGACUGGAGAAACUCAGUGUGGAACAUGGUGGAGAGUACACAAUGAAACCUGGCCUUAGAAAAUAUACCUGUGAUCUCACACUGGACCCAAACACAAUAAACAUACACCUAUCUCUGUCUGAGGAGAACAGAAAGGUGACAUGGAGGGCAGAGGAGCAGCCGUAUCCUGAUCACCCAGAGAGAUUUGAGGAUGAUGAACAGGUGCUGUGUAGAGAGGGUCUGACUGGACUCUGUUACUGGGAGGUAGAGUGGAGUGGGAAAGCAGCUGAUAUAGGAGUGACAUACAAAGGAAUCAGCAGGAGAGGAAGGGGUAAUGACUGUGUGAUUGGAUACAAUGACAAGUCCUGGAGUCUGUUCUGCUCUGAGAACAGUUACAGAGCGUGCCACAAUGACAAUCUCACUCUCAUAGACGUCCCUUCCUCCAGCUCCCACAGAGUAGGAGUGUAUCUGGACUGGCCAGCCGGCACUCUGUCCUUCUACAGAGUCUCCUCUGACACCCUGACCCACCUGUACACAUAUCACACCACAUUCACUGAGCCCCUCUAUCCAGGGUUUAUGGUUUGGGAUGAUGACUCCUCAGUGUCCCUGUGUCAGGUGGUCACUGUGUCAAACACAACAUGAUGUUUCACUCUAACCAUGUGUUUUAUGUUUGAUCAAAAAUGACAUUUAAAUACAUGGAGGAACACACACACAUGCCAGGUUGGACCAGUUUAUUCCUGUAAACAAUAACCAUGGUAACUGUGUCUGUCUCUUUCUGUGAUCCUGCACCCUGUGAGAACGGUUCAGAUGCACCACACACACACUGGACACACACACACACUGGACACACACACACACUGGACACACACACACACUGGACACACACACACACUGGACACACACACACACACACACACACACACACACACACAAUAUCCAGCAACUUUGCACAGCCAUUGAAGAGGAGUGGGACUCCGUUCCACAGGCCGCAAUCAACAGACUGAUCAACUCUAUGCGAAGGAGAUGUAUGGCGCUGCAUGAGGCAAAUGGUGGUCACUCGAGAUACUGAAUGUUUUCUGAUCCACGCUCCUAUUUACAGUUAAAGUUGGAAGUUUACAUACACUUUGGUUGGAGUCAUUAAAACUAGUUUUUCAACCACUCCACAAAUUUCUUGUCAACAAACUAUAGUUUUGGCAAGUCGGUUAGGACAUCUACUUGGUGCAGGAUGCAUCACAUUUUUCCUUAACUUAACAAUUGUUUACAGAGAUUAUUUCCCUUAUAAUUCACUGUAUCACAAUUCCAGUGGGUCAGAAGUUUACAUACACUAAGUUGACUGUGAAUUUAAAGCUUGGAAAAUUCCAGAAAAUGAUGUCAUGACUUUAGAAGCUUCUGAUUUUAGCCAUUUGGAGGUGUACCUGUGGAUGUAUUUCAAGGCCUACCUUCAAACUCAGUGCCUCUUUGCUUGACAUCAUGGGAAAAUCUAAAGAAAUCAGCCAAGACCUCAGAAAAGAAAUUGUAGACUGCCACAAGUCUUGUUCAUCAUUGGGAGCAAUUUCCAAAUGCCUGAAGGUACCACGUUCAUUGUACAAACAAUAGUAUUCGUACUCUUUGGAAAAAUGUCCUCUGGUCUGAUGAAACAAAAAUUGAACUGCUUGACCAUAAUGACCAUCGUUAUGUUUGGAGGGAAAAGUGCGAGGCUUGCAAGCCGAAGAACACCAUCCCAACCGUGAAG